GAUGGAAAACCAGAAAGAGAGAGACAGAAACAGGAGCUGAAUGCAACUCUGAGCCACCUUGGAGGACAAAAAAAAAACCCUGUUUGAGAGGGAGGGAGGACCGAAAACAGUGAAUCUGACACAUCGGGGAGAAAAUAACAAGCAGUUUUGUCGGGACAAGAGGAAGGCAGAGUAUAGAGAGUGUGAGAGACUCUCCUGCUGAUUCUCAGAGCCACUUAGGUGUCGACUGGAGAAGAAGCGAAGAGAUGAACAGAGCAGAGGAGGAGUGAAGCUUUUUAGUGUUAGUGAGGGAGAGCUCUGUCACUCUUCGGGUGUUGCUUAAGAGGAGGAGGAGGAGGAGGAGGAGGAGGCAGGGGCGAAUGUUCCUGGUCUCUUGACAGAGAGAGAGAGAGAGAGAGAGACACAGACACAGACACAGAGAGAGAGACCGAGAGAAGAGGAGGGGACAAGCUGACAGCAAUACAGGAAGAGCAGGGCUGGCAGACGAUGUGCUGCUAACUGAAGUACUAAUGCUCCAGACCAUUUACGAGGCCGACUCCUGUUUCUCCACAGACAGCAUCGGGAAACACCGGCUGCCUCUGACCCCUCACUACGCUGACAUGCACAACGUCAACAACUCAGUGGACAUUAAACCAGAGGUUCCACUGGCUCUUGAUCCGGGCUCCCCACUGGACCUACGUACAGACGUUAGGAUGCAGAGCUCUGCUUCAGAUCCCACUGUGUGGGAAAGACAACUCCAACAAGAGCUGCUCCUCAUUCAGAAACAGCAGCAGAUUCAGAAACAGUUACUCAUUAGUGAGUUCCAGAAGCAGCACGAGAACCUGGUUCGCCAGCAUCAGGCCCAGUUACAGGAGCAUUUGAAGUUGCAGCAGGAGCUACUUGCUAUGAAGCAACAACAGGAGCAGCUGGAGAAAGAGAGGAAACUAGAGCUCCAGAGUCAGGAGAGAGAACUGGAGAGACAUCGCCGUGAACAACAUGUCCUGGUCCUCCGCAACAGAGAGAAGAGCAGAGAGAGUGCAGUGGCCAGCAAUGAGGUCAAGCAGAAACUCCAAGAGUUUCUGUUGAGUAAAUCCACCAAAGACGGCACAACCAAUGGGGUCCCCCAGAGCUCCAAACUGUGGUACACAGCCUCCCAUCACACCUCUCUGGAGCAAAGUUCACCUCCUUUGGGAGGAGCGUCCUCCUCCUGCAAGAUCUCCCUGCUCUCCCCACUAGACUCCCGGGAUGACUUUCCUCUGAGGAAGACAGAUUUCAAAAAUAUCUCUCUUUCUCUCUCCCUCCCUCCCUCUCUUUUUCCAUCACAGCGGUGGCCGUCACAGCCGAGGUUAUUAGGGGCUGAAAGCUCAGUGUCUUUAUUAAAUCUCUAUACGUCUCCAUCGCUGCCCAAUAUCUCCCUGGGUCUCUCGGCUGCCUCUCCCAUCAGUGCUGCUUUAGGACUUCAGGAGAAGCAUGUUGAGGGUGGUGGUGUAUCAGCGGUCAUUCAAGGUUUGCCCACCCAACUUCUGGGUCCAGUGCCCCUGUCUGUUGCAAUGGAGACCAAAGUGAGCAGCAGCCACCAAGCUCUCCUGCAGCACCUCCUCCAGAAAGAGCAGCUCCGCCACCAAAAGAUCCUCUCUACUGGUCAAAGUCCUGUGCAUCCUCCUUCUCCACUGGCCAUGAUGGAAAGCUCUCCAAGCAGCACUCGACCCAAACUGCCUCGUCACCGGCCCUUAAACCGAACCCAAUCGGCUCCGCUGCCCCAGAGCACACUAGCUCAACUUGUGAUUCAGCAGCAACACCAGAACUUCCUGGAGAAGCAGAAACAGUACCAGCAACAGGUCCACAUCAACAAGGUACAAUCACUUAAUCAACCUGUCAGUGCAACAAUGACUUUAGUGCUAUCAUGGGAAGAUGAGGAUGAAGCUGAAUGAUUAUGUUGUCAUCUUAAAGCACUUUUUCCUUGAAAUACCAUUCAGUUCACAUGGGAACUAAAGUUGGACAGCCCAUCUCCAUUAUGUUAGGGAACAACCUUUACUGGGUUCAGAAGCAGCACUUGAAUUAGCAUAGCUUAAGGCAUCAGUUGCAUGCU